CUUGUCCCAUAUCUCUUCCAAACUGUCAAGAUCCCUAACAAGCUUUUAUAAGCCAAUCAACCCAACCCCAAGCUAAGUCGGGUCAUCUCCUACCAAUUACCAUUAUAUUGCAUUGCUUCAUUCAUUCUUAUAUUAUUCUUUUUAAUUCUUUUGUUUAAGUCAUCAUAUAUUCAUGGCUGUGGAUACUCCAUUAUUUCAUGUUCUUGCUGUUGAUGAUAGUCUCAUUGAUAGAAAACUCAUUGAGAGACUCCUUACUUCUUCUUCUUUUCAAGUAACAGCAGUGGAUUCAGGCACCAAAGCUUUGGAGUUGUUAGGGUUAGCAGGACAUGAAAAUACAAACCCUCAUCACCAUCAACAUCAUCAAGACAUGGAGGUUAAUUUGAUAAUCACCGACUAUUGUAUGCCUGGAAUGACCGGAUAUGAUCUUCUUAGAAAAAUUAAGGAAUCUGAAAAUCUCAAAGAUAUACCAGUGGUGAUUAUGUCCUCUGAAAAUAUCCCCGCACGAAUCGACAGAUGCCUGGAGGAAGGAGCAAAUGAAUUUUUGCUAAAGCCAGUGAGGUUAUCAGAUGUUGCCAGGCUCAAACCCCAUUUGAUGAGGACUAGAUCAAACGCUCAACAUUCAGCAGUAUAAUAGUGUUGCAUAUUGCACCACAAAAAGAAAAAUUAAUCAAAAUAAAAAUAAAAAUAAAAAUAAAAAAUAAAGAAAAGAAAAUUAAAAUAGUGUUGAGGCGUGAGUUAAAUUUAAGAAAAAAUCUAUAUGUAAUUUAUUUUAUAUAGAUUUAUAGUUUAAUGUCUUUGUUGUUUAGAAUUGUGGUAAUGUAUGAUAAACAACUUAUUAAUUCUCUAAAUUAAGAGAAGAGAUGUUGUAGGAGAAAAAAGAGGAAAUGAUGACAAAAUGCAUGGUAGGAUGAAAGCAUAUGUUCCGUUGUUUUUUUUAGUAAAAAAAUUUAAGCCAUUCUGUAUUUAGGACGUUAGUCAUUAUAAAAGGGUU